GUUAAUGAACUAGAGAAGCCGUUUUUUCAGAACCUGCCAGUAGGGUUUACGCGAUUUCCUUUAUCCGUGGAAUCACGGCUUACGGAAAGAGGUCUUUCAAUUAUUUCACUGAAUCCAGACCCCGUGGGCAAUCUUUCUCAGCGUACCCCGUACGAAAAUUGAAUUGAAGCAGCCAAUAGCUGGAUGCAUUCAUUUUAAGGGUAGAUGGAGCUUUCUCUUUGCACGAGCUAAUUACAAACACGCUCUGGGUUGCCUUUACAUCUCUCUUUUGAGAUGAUGCGAUAGUGAUUGUCCUCAAUUGCGCUUAGUUCCUGGCUACUCGAAGAGGCUGUAGUUGGAAACCAUGGACGAAAACGCGUGGGCUUCCUUCCGUAUGUAGCAGCGAAAACAGACAAGUUAUACAAACUAACAAAAUCAAAGGGACAACUUUUAUCCUCAGAAAAACAAAAGAUACAAUAUUUGUUUCGUGGGAUGCUCGUGACUGAAGUAGCGGAAGAUUCCCCGUGGGCUGUGGAAAAAAGCUCCAGAAUAUGGGCGCAAAUCACUCCCACAAAACUCCCGUGUUUGAUGAGAAUGAAGACGUUAACUUUGACCACUUUCAGAUCCUCAGAGCCAUCGGGAAGGGAAGUUUUGGGAAGGUCUGCAUUGUGCAGAAGAGAGACACCAAGAAGAUGUACGCCAUGAAGUACAUGAACAAGCAGAAGUGCAUCGAGCGGGACGAGGUGCGGAACGUCUUCAGGGAGCUGCAGGUCAUGCAGGGCCUCGAGCACCCCUUCCUGGUCAACCUCUGGUACUCUUUCCAAGAUGAGGAGGACAUGUUCAUGGUGGUGGAUCUUCUCCUCGGGGGAGACCUGCGAUACCACCUACAGCAGAAUGUACAUUUUAAGGAGGAAACUGUGAAACUCUACAUCUGUGAAUUAGCUCUGGCCUUGUACUACCUGCAAUGCUGUCAUAUACUCCAUAGAGACAUAAAACCUGACAACAUUCUCCUGGACGAACACGGCCAUGUGCACAUCACAGACUUCAACAUUGCCACUGUGCUGGGGGACUCAGAGAAAGCCACGUCCAUGGCCGGGACCAAGCCCUACAUGGCUCCAGAGGUGUUCCAGUCCUUUAUAGAUGGAGGUCCUGGUUACUCCUACUCUGUGGACUGGUGGUCUCUAGGGGUGACGGCCUACGAGCUGCUACGUGGAUGGCGGCCGUAUGAGAUCCACUCCAGCACUGCGGUGGAUGACAUCAUCAACAUGUUCCGUGGCGAACGCGUGCAUUACUCCUCAACAUGGUCCAAGGGCAUGGUAUCUCUGCUCAGGAGGCUCCUCGCCAAAGACCCCGAGUGCCGCCUCUCCAACAUGGCCGACAUCCAGACCUCGCCCUACCUGGCCGACAUCAACUGGGACGCGGUGCUGGAGAAGGGCACUCCUCCGGGCUUCGUCCCCAACAAAGGGAGGCUGAACUGCGAUCCAACCUUUGAGUUGGAGGAGAUGAUCUUGGAGUCCAAACCACUACAUAAGAAGAAGAAGAGGCUAGCAAAGAGCAAGUCACGCGACGGAAACAGAGAGGCCUCCCCCCUGCCCGCCCACUUGCAGCAGUGCCUGGAAACAGUGCGUGAGGAGUUCAUCAUCUUCAACAGAGAGAAGCUGAGGAAGCAGGCCCCGGGCGUGCAGGCCGCCAGCCCUGCCUCGCCCGCCCUGGAGAAACGGGAGGGGGGGCAGAACAACAACACCGUCCUGCCCUCGGAAGAGACCGGCGUCUACAGCAGCUAGGCUGAAAAGUAAAAAAUAACCACCAACCGAAAAAUGGCCCACCCAACUGUUCCUGUGCAUGUUCUCUCUUUUGCUACAAUGAAGAAAAAAAAAAGAAAAGAAAAAAAACCCAGCGUUUCAUAAACUGAUUACAGCGUACAGCGAGUGAUGUCAUGCAGCCUGCCCGGGACAUCGUGCCGCAGACGUUGACUGUGACGUGAUCCUGCAGGCCGUUGCUGAACACCAAGCUGCAUGGGGAGUGAUGAAAAGAAGGACGUUUUCUUUGGCACCCGAUGCGGAAGCCACAAUUUUCUAUUGACCAAAUACUGCUUUCUGUGUAUUACUGUUUUUCCGUGGAAAAGACUGUUUCUGUGUGUGAACUUCAUGUUUUUUGGUAAAACACAAAUCCUCUACCAUCACUCACUAUGACCAUCGCAGCUAGAUUCCCAUGUAAAACAUUGCUGGCUUUCUCGCACAAAACAGCCUGGAAAAAUCUUUGGCACAAGAUGCCUUUUUAAAGCGGCCAAGAUGGGGGAUAAGGUGGGCAGAAAUGAAAGACUAUUUCCAUUUGCCUUAAUGCACAUUUUGACUUGUUUUGCAUUUUUCCAAAUUGUCACCAUAGUAUAGCCUUUUUAUCCUGUAAGGUGGACAGACUCCACCUUACAGUGUGUAUGUGCUAAUUUGCAUAUGGCACAAUGAACAAAAUUGUGAGUCACAUAAACUCACACAAAUGGAAACAUAGCUACUAUGUGGCAUACAGUACACAUCCACUGUUAACUGUGCGAAAAAUGCAUAUUAAUGCCAAAGUCUUUCUGUCCAGCACCAUAAAGUAUGAUACAGUGAUUCAAAUAAUGCAGAGGCGAUGAUAACAUGCUUAUUUAAACUGGGUGAAUUCCCCUUUGUUUCAGAAUACACAUUUAUUGGCUUAUAAUACAAGCAAUAUGUCUGUCAAUUGACAGCCCAGUAGCAUUACUUUGGUUAUCGUAUGCAAAUAUUUACAUUUGGUUGCAAGUCUUGAUUUAUGUUUGUAACAUUUCAGUGUAUAACAACUGCAAUUCCAUGACAAAACUCCACUUGAAAUGAAGGAAUGGUCUCCAACUUUGCAGAAAACUGACAGAUUUCCCAUCCUUUGUGUGUACGUGGAUGGGCGAUUGCCUUUUCUUGGUUUCGACAGCAUGAAGUAGCCUGACAUAAAAGUAUGCAUUUCCUUCCCAGCAACCGCAACCUCUCAAGAGGUCGUAGUAGCCCUGAAUUGCUGAAAUAAAGGAAGUCGUACUUGUA